AUGUCUGCCAAGAAGAAAAUUUCCCAUAAUGCAGUUGCAAUGACUGACAUUGCAUCGGUACCUGUGAGAUUUCCAAACGAGACACAAAAGCAAAUGAAGUCAGCAGACAUCUUACGAAAACCACAACCAAUCACCGACAAGGGAAUUAAACCGACUUGUGACCAGUUCGUUUUGGACCCACACCCCACUGGAGCUGAAUUGAAAAUGUGUAAUCUCUUCAGACACCCUAAAAUCAGUCACAACGAUUUCCUGGUUCUCCACGUUCACGUCGAUUUUCCAGGCAAGAAUCUGUUUGAGUUUCUUUCUAAUGGAUUACUUGUAAGCCAAAGGCCUUACAGAGGAAAGCCAAAGAAGCCAAAGCGGUACAUAUUUUUUGGUCACAGUGCUUCUCAACUAAGGAACAGAACUUGCUUCUUGUACGACGAGAAACUUGGUGACUUUAAUGAUAUCAUACAAAUGUUUGGAGAUUUCAGCUGCAUCAACAACGUUGCCAAGAGGGCAGCACGUAUUGGAUUGUUGCUCUCUACCGCAAACGAGGUGCUACGACUGCGAGAUGAUGAUAUCACUAAAGAGACAGACAUAGAACGAGAUGGAUAUAACUUCACAGAUGGUUGUGGGUCAAUAUCAGUAGAAUGUGCGACUAGAAUAACUGAGGCAAUGGAUCUAACGGAGCUGUAUAAACACCAAGUUCCUCCAGUGCCAUCGGUCUUUCAAAUAAGAUUAAAGGGAUGUAAAGGAGUGUUAGUUGUUGACCCAAAGUUACCUAAAGGGAUCAAGAUAAGAAACUCAUUGGAAAAGUUCUCUUGGAAACUAUCUGAGCCCCACAUCCUUGGAGUGGUUGAUGAUGGGAUCUCCAAGCCAUAUGCGUAUGGUAACCUAAUUAAGCACUUCAUACGGAUUCUGUCAGCUCUGGGUGUUCCGGAUAAAGCGUUUCUUAAGCUACAGACAUCGUUCUUUGAAGAACUACACCAGCUGGAAAAAGACAAGUGGAUAGCAAUUAAACACUUAUACAUAAGUGGGCGUUCUGAUCUUGCCGAAAGAGUGAUAUCCAUGACAUAUGAUUACUGUUCCAACCAAGAAAUCAGAGAAAAAUUAGAGAGCAUUCGAAGGAAGGUCUUUGACGAUAGAAAAACUGGUGCCUCUGAUAAGCUCGAACGAACCAAGAAGUCUAAAGCUGAAGGCCUGAACAUCAGAGCAGAGUUGUCAAGGAAUGUCUUUGGGGUAUGUGAUAACUCUAACACACUCGAAGAAGGCACUGUGUUUUUUCAACCAACCAUACGUGGAAAACCCGUUGUUAUUAAAGGGAGAGUAAUCGUUGCUAAAAGCCCGAGCUAUUAUCCUGGCGAUAUUAGGGUACUAACAUGUGUAGAAAAUAAACACUGCAGACAUCUUGUUGACUGUGUGGUCUAUCCCGUAAAAGGAAAAAGACCCCACUGUGACGAAAUUGCAGGAAGUGACCUGGAUGGCGAUAAGUACUUCAUCUGUUGGGACCCAGAUUUGGUUCCAAAACAACACUGGAAACCAACAUCAUAUCAAGGAGGGAAGUCGAAAACGCAGAGUAAUAUAACUACCGAUGACCUUAUUACGUAUUUCGCUGAUUACAACGUACGCCGCGUUGGAAAGUUUUCAAAUCUCCUAGAAAUGUGGGCCGAUAUUGCUGGCAUUGAUUCACCUCAAUGUAUGGCCCUCGCAAAUUUAUUCAACCACGCCAUUGACGCAGCCAAAACUGGUGAAAAUGUUAAAGCUCCAAAGAGUCUGAUGGUAAAAUCGCGGAAAGGUGAAAAGAUAUUUGUUUGUGAGAAGAUGGUUAAUAAUGCCAAAUGUUUGAGUGGGGACAUCAAAGAAAGUGUUUCCAAAAUCGAGAAGGAGAUGAGAGAGGAAUAUGGUGAUGAAUCAGAAGAAUUUUCAACUUUUGUUGAUGCUGCUUCACUUGUCUACAAGGCAAGUUAUACUGCUCCUCUUGACGAUAUAGACGUUAACAAUCACAACUUGGCAUUACGGCGUAGUAGAAGUGGGAUCAAAAACAAUUGGCCUGCCGAUGACUUUAAACUUUUUCGGAUGCUGUACAAAUGGUGUCAGAGACAUGAAAAAAUGAAUCUGCUUUCGAGAUUUUGCCGGCUAAUUGACUUUUCGACAUUCACGAGACUACAGAGAGAAUUGGCAAUGGUUGAUUGUCCAGAUAGCAUUGAACAAAUCCAAGGAAGGCAUUCUGGUCUUCAAUCUUCGUCCAUUUUGUCUGCGGAAGAUGUUGCUAAUCUCAACUCUGAAACAUCACCAACAAAAUGGUCUUUGAUGUACACAGUGCUAAACCAAGAUGAAGAAAUAUUUUCAUGGGAAGAUAUCUUAAGUAAGAUGUCAGAUGAUCUUCCGAAAUUACUUGUGUGCAAGUUUGACCUCGGUGGCACCUGGGUCAUAACAAUUUUUGUACCGGGAGCACUUGAACUUUUGCAGACGUCAAAUGACACUACAACCUUGCCUGAUCUGAGAGCAUUUGUGUCAGUUCACGGAUUUAAUUCACAAAAUUGUAUAGUAAAUAAAGAAAAUGUUGUACAUGCAGUUCUUUUGCGUCGUAGCAGACUCCAAAUCUACCCUGCUGAUCAAUCUACAGGAAAUACAUUUAUUUGUAUGAUGGAAGAGGAUGGUCGUACCAAGAUGAGUGUUGCCCUUCAGAAUUUCUCCAGUGGAUUUAAAAGACGGUAUCCAGAUAUAAAUCUGAUGCGCGAACCAAUCAUAUCCUGUGAAAUAUUUCUAGGAUAUUCGGAUGUUAGGCAGUUACCAACCUAUUUUGUGGCAGACACAGAUCCUCCGGAAUUAAAUCCAGAAAUAGAACCACCUGAAUGUCCAGACUUUUUAUAUCGCCAGGAAGAAUUUCCUGUUGUAUCGAGUUCACGAGAGGCACAUACUGAACAUUCUAGGACCUGGUUUCAAGAGGUUGACAACAAAUAUAACGAGCUGAAGAUGUUGGCAGCAAAUGGAACAUUACUUAACUCGCAACUUCAGAUGUUGUUUGCAAUGGCCAACGGAGACUCCGAAGAAAAAGACCCCACUGUGACGAAAUUGCAGGAAGUGACCUGGAUGGCGAUAAGUACUUCAUCUGUUGGGACCCAGAUUUGGUUCCAAAACAACACUGGAAACCAACAUCCUAUCCAGGAAAAGUUCUCUUGGAAACUAUCUGAGCCCCACAUCCUUGGAGUGGUUGAUGAUGGGAUCUCCAAGCCAUAUGCGUAUGGUAACCUAAUUAAGCACUUCAUACGGAUUCUGUCAGCUCUGGGUGUUCCGGAUAAAGCGUUUCUUAAGCUACAGACAUCGUUCUUUGAAGAACUACACCAGCUGGAAAAAGACAAGUGGAUAGCAAUUAAACACUUAUACAUAAGUGGGCGUUCUGAUCUUGCCGAAAAAGUGAUAUCCAUGACAGAUGAUUACUGUUCCAACCAAGAAAUCAGAGAAAAAUUAGAGAGCAUUCGAAGGAAGGUCUUUGACGAUAGAAAAACUGGUGCCUCUGAUAAGCUCGAACGAACCAAGAAGUCUAAAGCUGAAGGCCUGAACAUCAGAGCAGAGUUGUCAAGGAAUGUCUUUGGGGUAUGUGAUAACUCUAACACACUCGAAGAAGGCACUGUGUUUUUUCAACCAACCAUACGUGGAAAACCCGUUGUUAUUAAAGGGAGAGUAAUCGUUGCUAAAAGCCCGAGCUAUUAUCCUGGCGAUAUUAGGGUACUAACAUGUGUAGACAAUAAACACUGCAGACAUCUUGUUGACUGUGUGGUCUAUCCCGUAAAAGGAAAAAGACCCCACUGUGACGAAAUUGCAGGAAGUGACCUGGAUGGCGAUAAGUACUUCAUCUGUUGGGACCCAGAUUUGGUUCCAAAACAACACUGGAAACCAACAUCCUAUCAAGGAGGGAAGUCGAAAACACAGAGUAAUAUAACUACCAAUUACCUUAUUAGUUAUUUCGCUUAUUACGACGUACAUCUCGUUGGAAAGUUUUCAAAUCUCCUAGAAACGUGGGCCGAUAUUGCUGGCAUUGAUUCACCUCAAUGUAUGGCUCUCGCAAAUUUAUUCAACCACGCCAUUGACGCAGCCAAAACUGGUGAAAAUGUUAGAAAAGUUCCAAAGAGUCUGAUGGUAAAAUCUCGGAAAGGUGAAAAGAUAUUUGUUUGUGAGAAGAUGGUUAAUAAUGCCAAAUGUUUGAGUGGGGACAUCAAAGAAAGUGUUUCCAAAAUCGAGAAGGAGAUGAGAGAGGAAUAUGGUGAAGAAUCAGAAGAAUAUUCAACUUUUGUCGAUGCUGCUUCACUUGUCUACAAGGCAAAUUAUACUGCUCCUCUUGACGAUAUAGACGUUAACAAUCACGACUUGCCAUUACGGCGUAGUAGAAGUGGGAUCGUAAGACUCCUAAUGCUAAGGCAUGAUCUAGAAAUCCGUGAAGAAACAACUGUAUUGUCAAAUGAAAUAAUGGACGCGUCCGAAGAGACCAUUUCUUCUUUAGUACAGAAAAACAAUUGGCCUGCCGAUGAUUUUAAACUUUUUCGGAUGCUGUACAAAUGGUGUCAGAGACAUGAUAAAUUAAAUCUGCUUUCGAGAUUUUGCCGGCUAAUUGACUUUUCGACAUUCACGAGACUACAGAGAGAAUUGGCAAUGGUUGAUUGUCCAGAUAACAUUGAACAAAUCCAAGGAAGGCAUUCUGGUCUUCAAUCUUCGUCCAUUUUGUCUGCGGAAGAUGUUGCUAAUCUCAACUCUGAAAUAUCAUCAACAAAAUGGUCUUUGAUGUACACAGUGCUAAACCAAGAUGAAGAAAUAUUUUCAUGGGAAGAUAUCUUAAGUAAGAUGUCAGAUGAUCUUCCGAAAUUACUUGUGUGCAAGUUUGACCUCGGUGGCACCUGGGUCAUAACAAUUUUUGUACCGGGAGCACUUGAACUUUUGCAGACGUCAAAUGACACUACAACCUUGCCUGAUCUGAGAGCAUUUGUGUCAGUUCACGGAUUUAAUUCACAAAGUUGUAUAGUAAAUAAAGAAAAUGUUGUACAUGCAGUUCUUUUGCGUCGUAGCAGACUCCAAAUCUACCCUGCUGAUCAGUCUACAAGAAAUACAUUUAUUUGUAUGAUGGAAGAGGAUGGUCGUACCAAGAUGAGUGUUGCCCUUCAGAAUUUCUCCAGUGGAUUUAAAAGACGAAUGGGGCCUAUGUUGCAAGCUAUGUAG